GUACGUUAGAUUGCAAUGCUUCGUAAGCUUCGCCUCUGUAGUCGAGUGGUGAGGUGUGAGGCCUGUUGUUUGAAAGACUUCAUCCCUCACAUGGCCAAGCACUAUGGUUUUGAGUAUGAACUUGUUCAGUACAAGUGGCCACGGUGGUUAAACCAGCAGAAAGAGAAACAGCGUGUCAUAUGGGGCUACAAGAUUCUGUUUCUGGAUGUGCUGUUUCCACUUGACGUUAAAAAAAUUAUAUUUGUUGAUGCUGAUCAGGUCCAUCUGAUGCAUUUCAAGUGCUGAAGAUGGAGAGUGGCC